AUGAUUGAAAGCGAAAAACUGACGGACAAACUAAACGGGGAACGGGUGGUCAGCAAUGGGGCGGUUAGGAAGACAUCGGCCUCUCAGGCGCCGUACGUCCCACUCAUCGCACGUAUGCGGCAACGGAUGAGCGACGGAAACGGACCGUUCUUUUCGUUUGAGUUUUUUCCGCCCAAAACACGGGAGGCGGCCAUCAAUUUGAUCGCACGGUUCGAUCGGCUCCGGCAGACGGGACCCAUGUUUUGUGACAUCACGUGGCAUACGGCCGGCAAUCCCGGCGCCGACACCGAGACCUCCAGCAUCACCAUCGCCGGCGUCGCCCUUAACUACAGCGGGUUAGACACUAUGCUUCACAUCACGUGCGUCGGCAUGACUGAGCCCGACCUCAGACGCCAUUUGGAAAGGGCUAAAGACUUGGGUAUUCGUAAUAUACUGGCCCUAAGAGGGGAUCGGGUGGCCAUCGAUAGCACCGAGUCUCAAGAAAAGGUAGACUUCAGAUACGCCGUCGAUUUGGUCCGUUAUAUCCGUCGCGAAUAUGGCGACUAUUUUACGAUAGCUGUGGCCGGAUAUCCCGGCGCUCAUCCCGAGUCGGUGUCCGUUGAAGAGGAUCUGCAGCGUCUGAAGGAGAAAGUGGACGCCGGCGCCGACUUCAUCAUAACUCAGCUGUUUUUCAAGUCGGAUCUGUUCGUGAAAUACGUGAAAAACUGUCGCAAAAUCGGUAUAGAAGUGCCCAUUUUGGCCGGAAUUAUGCCGAUCCAGAGCUACGAGUCCCUCGAGAAGAUCGUGCGACUGUCCAAACUGGAUAUCCCGGACACUAUACUCAAGGAUUUAAAUAUUAUCCGCAGUAAUGACGAGGCGGUCAGGAAUUACGGCAUCCAAUGGGCGGUGGGUUUGUGUCGACAGAUAUUGGCCGCUAAUGUCACCCCUGGCCUACACUUUUAUACGCUCAAUAGAGAGAUGGCUACCUGUGCUAUACUCAAACAGCUGGGUCUGUUGACCCAGGUAUCCAAACCGCUUCCCUGGUGGCCGGCGGCCAAUCACAAGCGCGCCGGUGAAGACGUGCGACCCAUAUACUGGUCCGGGAGGCCCAGGAGUUACGUGUGUCGCACCCAGUCGUGGGAUGAGUUCCCAAAUGGCAGGUGGGGUCGCGUGGAUUCACCCGCCUUUCAAACCCUCGAAAACUAUUACCUGUUUUUGGAGCCAAAGCUGAGUCGCAAAGAGUUGCUGCAAAUGUGGGGACAGGAGCUGACGGGCGAACAGGACGUGUGGGAUGUCUUUCACUGCUAUGUGUCGGGCCUUAAGAAUAAAAACGACAAAAAGGUUUCAGUCAUCCCAUGGAAUAUGGAUGCCUUGAGUGAUGAGACGGCGCUUCUGGUCAAACAGUUGUCUCAGUAUAAUAAGAGGGGUGUUCUCACCAUCUGCUCCCAGCCUAACGUCAAUGGUGUCGACUCCACACACCCUAUACAUGGUUGGGGUCCUAAAGGCGGCUAUAUCUACCAAAAGGCAUACCUCGAGUUCUUUACGAAUGAGAAGAAUGUGUUGGCACUCAUGGAAGCGCUUAAGAACUACCCGCUCGUCAACUAUCAAAUAGUGGACAGUAGUGGCAAAAAAUCGUACUCCAAUUUUGAAAGUAAUAAAGCUAUAGCAGUGACGUGGGGUGUAUUUCCGGGCAGGGAGAUUAUCCAGCCAACAGUUGUGGACCCGAUUUCAUUCAAAGUAUGGAAAGACGAGGCGUUUGGACUCUGGACACAGAAAUGGGCGCAACUGUACUCAGGGGACAGUCUGUCCAGAAAGGUGUUGGACGACAUCCACGACAACUACUAUUUAGUCAAUUUGGUUGACAAUCAGUUUCCCAAAGAGUGCUGUCUUUGGCAGCUGUUGGAGGAUAUGUUCACAAUUAGAGCCAAUUUUGAAUUAAAUAAAUUUAUUAACUAUUUUUUCUGAAAUAUUACCUCAAACUGCGAG